AUGUCGUCGUUAAGCCGAGAGCUCGUGUUUCUCAUACUUCAGUUUCUCGAGGAAGAGAAAUUCAAAGAGUCUGUGAACAGGCUGGAGAAAGAGUCUGGAUUCUUCUUCAAUACAAAGUAUUUUGAUGAGAAAGUUCUUGGUGGAGAGUGGGAUGAAAUUGAGAAGUACUUGUCUGGUUUUACCAAGCUUGAUGAUAACAUAUACUCCAUGAAGAUUUUCUCUGAGAUUAGGAAGCAGAAAUAUCUCGACGCUCUUGAUAAGCAAGAUAAGGCAAAAGCAGUUGAGAUAUUGGUGCAGGAUUUGAGAGUCUUCUCAACUUUCAACGAGGAACUCUACAAAGAAAUUACUCAACUUUUGACUUUGCACAACUUCAGCCUUAAUUGGCAGCACCAGUUGUGCAAGAAUCCUAGGCCAAACCCAGAUAUUAAAACUCUAUUCACAGAUCACACAUGCGCAGUUCCCAAUGGUCCUCUGGCACCUUCACCAGUCAGUCAACCAGUUAUAACUUUGACAAAGCCAACAGAUCUUCCGUCGCUUGGAGCUCAUGGUCCCUUUUCUUCUGGUGCGGCUGUUGCUGCUGCUAAUGCUGGCGCUUUAGCUAGCUGGAUGGCUGCUGCCUCUGGUGCUUCUACCGUCCAAGCUGUCGUUUUCACUCCUGCGUCUAUUCCUCUUCCUCAGAAUCAAGUGUCAAUCUUGAAGCGACCUAGAACACCACCAGCAAACCCAGGUGUAGUAGACUAUCAGAAUCCAGAUCAUGAACUAAUGAAUCGUCUUCGCCCGACCCAUCUGCAGCAUGCUCCAUUGUCGCUGGAAGACUUGCCAUUAAAGGCGGCUCUAGCGUGUCAUCAAGGGUCCAUUGUGACAAGCAUGGAGUUUCACCCUAUGCAAAAUACGUUACUUCUUGUCGGAUCUUCCACCGGAGAAAUCACAUUAUGGGAACUAGCUAGUCGAGAGAAGCUGGUUACAAGGCGAUUCAAAAUAUGGGAUAUGGAUAAUUGCACACAUCCAGAUGUAAAUUUCAUUGGUAAAUUCUGUUUCAUGCAUUGUGGGAUUUUAACUGGUCUCUGGUCUCAAUCUCUUUUUAAUGUUGGGGUUGCAUAUAAGAAACAUCUUAUUCACUUGUAUGCUUUCUCUGGACCAAACAAUCUUCGCCAGCAUGCUGAGAAGCUUUCUAACUUGAUUGAUGUGGAACAUGUAUGGGACGUUUCAGGUCGGAAGCAUUCUACCUUUGAAGGUCACGAUGCUCCUGUGUAUUCCAUUUGCCAUCAUCACAAAGAGAACAUUCAGUUCAUAUUUUCAACGGCUAUAGAUGGGAAAAUAAAGGCCUGGCUUUAUGAUAAUAUGGGUUUCAGAGUUGACUAUGAUGCUCCUGGUAAAUGGUGUACCACAAUGCUUUAUAGCGCUGAUGGGACCAGAUUGUUCUCUUGUGGAACGAGUAAAGAUGGAUAUUUUUUCCUAGUUGAGUGGAACAAAAGUGAAGGAUCAAUUAAAAGGACCUAUCAUGGGUUUCAGAAAAAGUUGGCGGGUAAUGUUCAGUUCGAUACCUCAAAGAACCACUUUCUGGCUGUUUGUGAAGAUGGGCAAAUCAAGUUCUGGGAUAUGGACAACAUCAAUGUUCUGACUAGCACUGAUGCUGAGGGUGGACUUCCAGCUCUUCCUCGUUUGAGAUUUAACAGGGAAGGAAAUCUUCUAGCCGUAACUACGGCAGACAACGGAUUUAAGAUCCUAGCAAACCAAGCUAUCUCUGAGAGCCUUGGAAUUGAUCCCCCAAAGGCAAGAAUCGAUGACCAUUCAACAGACAAACCAAAACCCUGGCAAUUAGCUGAAAUUUUGGACCCUGCCUGGCUGCCCAGUGUCGCCAGGCCACUUUACCCGAUACCACUGGUUCUUCCACAAAGGUUUGUCGUUCGGCUUCUGUAUACGAAUUCCGGCGCUGGAAUCUUGGCACUAUGUUUUAACGGUAUUCAGAGGCUCUGGAAGUGGGUUCGCAAUGAACAAAACCCUAGUGGAAAGGCAACUGCUGCUGCUGUUCUUCAGCAUUGGCAACCAAACAGUGGUCUUCUCAUGACCAACUAUGUCUCUGGUGUAAACCUUGAAGAGGCCAACCCAUGCAUCGCUCUUUCUAAGAACGACUCAUAUGUCAUGUCGGCUGCUGGAGGAAAAGUCUCGUUGUUCAGCAUGAUGACUUUUAAGUUGAUGACAACAUUCAUGUCACCUCCACCUGCAUCAAUAUUUUUGGCGUUCCAUCCUCAGGACAACAACAUAAUUGCCAUUGGAAUGGAGGAUUCCACGAUUGAUAUCUACAACGUCCGAGUGGAUGAGGUCAAAUCAAAGCUAAAGGGUCACCAGAAACGCAUCACCGGAUUAGCAUUUUCUACAACCCUCAACAUCUUGGUUUCAUCCGGUGCUGAUGCACAGAUGUGUAAUGCUGCCAUUGACACAUGGGAGAAGAGAAAAUCAGUUGCAAUACAAAUGCCAGCAGGAAAAGCCGCCAAUGGAGACACGCGUGUUCAGUUUCCUGUGGAUCAGAUCCGUAUCCUGGCAGUCCACGAGACACAACUAGCAAUAUUUGAUGCGUCCAGGAUGGAAUGUAUCCGACAGUUGAUGUACACCACUUCCCAAGAUGGUAACAUUGGAGUGUUCGACGCAGACACACUUAGAUUAAGAUGCCGUAUCUCUCCAUCCGCCUGCCUCAAGGCUCACCCGCAAGAGCCAAACCAGUUUGCGGUCGGUUUAAAUGACGGGUCAGUUAAGGUGAUAGAGCCGGCCGAGGCUGAAGGCAAGUGGGGGAUGGCUCCACCACCCUCUGAAGCCAUCAAUACUUCACCAUCCACUACAAGAUUGUAA